AUGGAGAUGGGUGGAACUAUGUACAACACAGGGAAGCAUGUGUCACUGCGGCCAGACAAAACACAUCUGGUUAACAUCUCUGGAGGACCUCUGAGUUACAGCUACCGACUGGAAGAGGUCCGUCUCCACUUUGGGAGUGAAGAUGCUCUCGGUUCAGAGCACCUCCUAAAUGGACAAGGCUUUCCUGGAGAGGUCCAACUGAUCCAUUAUAAUCAAGAUCUGUACGCCAACUACAGCGAGGCAGCUAAGAGCCCCCAUGGCAUUGCUGUGGUCUCCAUCUUCAUCAAGCUCUCAGAGAACUCUAACUCCUUCCUCAACCGAAUGCUCAACAGAGACACCAUCACCAGAAUUAACUACAAACAUGAUGCAUUCCUACUGAUGGGCCUGAACAUAGCAGACCUUUACCCCGACACUAUACGCUACAUCACCUACGAGGGCUCCAUAACGGUCCCUCCCUGCUAUGAGACCUCCACUUGGAUCAUCAUCAACAAGCCAGUUUAUGUGACACAGAUGCAGAUGCACUCUCUGCGCCUUCUCAGCCAGAAUGAGCCGUACAAGAUCUUUCUGAGUAUGAGCGACAAUACGCGGCCCGCGCAGCCUUUGCUGCAGCGCUGCAUUCGAACCAACAUUAACUUCAACAAGCAGGGCCGUGACUGUCCCAACAACCGUGCCCUCCGCCCGCAGUACAGAGUGAACCAGUGGCUCCUGAAGUAAGAUGGAAAAGGUUUGAGCGCCGCCGGAGCAGCUGGACGUCGGAAAGGGAAGGAAUGGCUUCCUUCACUCCUCCACCUGUGGGAGCUGAAUGAACCGAAGCUGCAUGGAGGAAAGAAGGACUUUACUAAGGAGAGCUUUACUAAAACAACAGCUGAGUUCAGCUAAACUGAACCUGAGACCGACUGCAGGCCUGCUACACACACCCCCACCCCCGCACACAGACAUGAUGUGGUUCAGCACGAUGCGUGUCAUAGAGAAUAAGCACAGUACUUUGUUGUGUUGUUUAAAGCCGGCCGUACACUGAAUGAUUUUUUUGCCCAUUUCGGGCCGAUUCUCCAGUCAUGUGA